GUGUGUGUGUGUGUGUGUGUGUGUGUGUGUGUGUGCUGCCGGCUGGAAUUUCGCCCUCUGACGUCACUGCCUGUUACUCUCCCAGAUUUGGGAAAAAGAAGUUUCACUUUAAGUGGGGAUUUGAAACUCUGUGAUUCUUAGAAAGCGAGGUCUGUGAUCAUCUGGUGAUUUGUUUUUCCUCCAGAAAACAAGAUUUCUUGACUCCAGAAAGAUGUGGGGUGGCCAUAAUGAUGGUGACCAGCAAGGUCAUGUGAGUGCACGAAUGGAGACCAGCUUACCCAUGGGUACCACCAGUAUUUCUGUAUCCCAGCAACAGGCUCCUAAGAAGUUUGCUCCUGUUGUGGCUCCCAAGCCCAAGUUCAACCCCUAUAAACAACUCGGGGAUGCUACACACGAGGGAGCUGGAGAUUAUCCCCCACCUCCUCCACCUGUCGUUGACACCAGCGGGCUCCCGUCUCCAUCCAGCUUCCCACCUCCUCCACCCAUGGAUGAGGCCUCCCUUGGCUUUCAGAUAAAAGGACCUGAGAAAACUCUAGAAGAAAGGCGUUCUAGUCUGGAUGCUGAGAUCGACUCCUUGACCAGCAUUCUGGCCGACCUAGAGAGCAGCUCACCGUACAAACCUCGGACACCGCAGAAUUCUGCCAGCCCAGCUGCAGCAGGCUCCAACGCCCCUGUUACAGGCUAUCGGCGCAUGGUCAUCCCAAAUCAACCACCUCUAACAGCCACCAAGAAAUCCACCCCGAAGCCACAGGCCUCCCCUACUGCCCCUACUCCAGCUUCAACUUCUCCACGACCCCAAUACCAGUCCGCUCCCCAGCCUGUGCCUGCAUCCUACACCACUGCCUCUACUCCGAGUCAGCCUACCUUCAAUGUUCAGGUCAGGGCCGCCCACCCCGCCCCCCAGCAGCAGCCGGUCCGUGGUCCAGCGCAGGUACAGUACAUGCCGGCUCAACCCAGAGGCCCUGAUUUUGCAUACGGGCCUCCGCAGCCGGGAUUCUGCCCUGCUCCCUCUGGAGGCUUCCAGGACCAGCACUACGGUGGAGCUCCUGCUUAUGGUGGUCAGAACACAUGGAGAGCAGAGCCAAGUCAUCAUUCCACUCCUCCACCCAACCAAGGGUAUCAGCCCACUCCCCCGGAAAAAACCUACAUCACUGAUCCACCUGCCAGCCUGGCACCCUUCGGCGGUGGAUCUUCUGCUCCUCAUAAGGGUCGUCCCGAGGAGGAACUGGACCGUCUGACGAAGAAGAUGCUGUACGACAUGGACAACCCCCCCUCUGAGGAGUAUUUUGGUCGCUGCGCAAGCUGUGGGGAGAACGUGGUCGGCGAGGGGACGGGUUGCACCGCCAUGGACCAGGUCUUCCAUGUGGACUGCUUCAUCUGCAUGACCUGCGGCUCUAAGCUCAGAGGGAAGCCCUUUUAUGCCGUGGAGAAGAAGGCCUACUGCGAACCCUGCUAUAUCAACACCCUGGAGACUUGCAACAUAUGUAGUAAGCCCAUAAUGGAGCGUAUCCUGCGGGCGACCGGGAAGGCCUAUCACCCCCAGUGCUUCACCUGUGUGGUCUGCCAUCGGAGUCUGGACGGCAUUCCCUUUACCGUGGAUGCCUCCAACCACAUCCACUGCAUCGAAGACUUUCACAAGAAAUUUGCUCCUCGUUGCUCUGUGUGUAAAGAGCCCAUCAUGCCAGCACCUGGUCAGGAGGAGACUGUGCGUAUUGUGGCUUUAGACCGUGACUUCCAUGUGCAGUGUUAUCGCUGUGAGGACUGUGGCUGUCUUCUCUCUGAGGGAGACAACCAGGGUUGCUACCCUCUGGAUGGCCACGUUCUCUGCAAAAACUGCAACACCAGUCGUAUCCAGGCCCUCACUGCCAAGGCUACGACCGACCUCUGAGUAACGCGCAUAUCUGCAUGCAGGUCCCUAGUAUCCCUGCGUUCGUCAAAUUCUGAGAAACACCAUAUCCUGUCACAUCACUGCACACAAAUAUUUAUGCUCAGACAAAUGCACAUGUACACAUAAAGCUGUCAUUCCACUUAAGGGGCCACGACUUAUCUUGUCGCUCAUGCACCUCCGCACACUGUGCCUUGUAUUAAAAUUGCACUCAUUUAUUCUGUCCAGUCGUUUUUAUUAGCAGAUGCGAUAUUCACCAGGGCCCACUACAUCUGCUUGUAAACACCUAAACGAAGUAGGCCUUAAAAUAAAAAACUAGACUGUUAGAUUCUAACUGAUGUUCAAAGAGCUGUUCGGGUGAGACGCGGAGCAUUAAGAAAACCCUCAUAGAACAUCAUAGAAUCUACCUCUAAAAAGGGACCACGCUGUCCAAACGCUAUGCAUUCCAGUACGUAUCCAACCUACACCUUUCAUUUUAUUUUCCAGCUAAGUUACACAUGAAAGCACAGAAGCAGACAUUUUUUUUGCAGUGACUUUAUCGCAUAACGCAGAUACAAAAAUAAUUGGACGUUUUCAUUACGCAUGAUUCCGGCUUGUUCUUUACGCAUCAUUCAAACAUAUUUUUGAAUCUUCUUAUAGCGGCUGUGAAAUUGGGGGUUUCGUGUUUGCUAAGGUACACAAGUUGGUAUACAAAGACCUGGACUCGUGCAUCACACCUGCUUCAUCGGUAUGUUUUUGUGAGCAUGCCGUGCAGGUGUAUAUUUGCGAAUUCAUGUCCUUUCGAUUUACAUUUCUGAAUUUACCCUUUGAGUGAAAGUUACCAAAGAGCUACAUUUACUUUCUCUGGGACAGCGUGUUUGUAUUAUUGUAUGCUUAUGAAAUCUAAUGGGAAGAGUUUUUUUAAGGACUGUGAAUGACCUUCAGUAGCUCAGAAGCCUACAUACGUCGUGGUUCAUUCAGUGCGGUUUCCUGUUUCUUCUUUAGCGUACCGCUUCAAUUCAAGCGAAUUUAGCAAAAAAAAUCGACGCUUGGGAUUUUUUUUUUUGUGUGUGGUUUGGUGGGGGUUUUUUUUCACUUAUUCGAAUUGCGCUCAGUUAUCUCAUUUAUUUGUAUAUCAUGAGUGAAAAUGCUGAAAAAGGUCUAAGGAUAAAAUGUAUGUAUUUAGAUAUGCACAGUAAAUCGCGCAAUAAUGUCACGCCAGUUUGAGAAUCGUUUGGUAUUAAAAUUCUCAGAGGAAAAACUGUAGUAAUAAAACGUGUGACAAUCAGGGCUAAAAGGAUGUUGGAAAUGUGUUUCAUUUUAUCUCAUUUGAUCUAAGACUUUAAGGGCUGAUGAGAGACAGCCUGGUGAGCAAUAUUUUAAAUAUCCUCUAAUUGUGAAUUUAUUGUAGUAUUAGUUACGUAAGAUAGAGAUAAGUAUUAAUAAAAAUAGGAAAAAAAAAAUCUUAAUUUUGUACAUGGACGAUAUAAUUAUGCAAAUUUCUUCUUUGUUGUUGCAUUGACACUUUACUAAGAAGGUUAUGCAGACAUUUUUUUUAAGUGUUCAAACUGUUCUUAAAGCUACAGUGCGCACGUUUUGGGAAAAUCUGAAAUAAUGUAUAUAUCUGCAGAGUGCCAUUAUAAAUAUCGAGGUUUAGGGAGUUGACACCUCAGGAAAUUUUCAGUCAUAUCAGUGUGCUGCAGUGAUGCCCCAGGGAACUUCCCCUCUGGUUGAAGGCUAAAUUCAGAUGUGAAUACGUAUAUAUAUAUAUAUAUAUAUGCAAACCGGAUAUAAGUACACGGUUUAUGAGCACCUCUUGAUUUGUUAUGGCAGUUUGUGGAUUUUCAGUAUGAAAAAUGAAAUGCGCUGUAGCUUUAAGCCAUGAGAGCUUCAUUAGUGCUUCAGUGCUUCAAUCUAUACCUAUCUUUCUUAGUACCUUUUCUACUGCAUAUGUGCCUUUUCCAGCUCGUGGGAAAUAGAGGUGGUGUUGUUUGAACACAGACACAGUUGUGGUUUGCGGCUGAUGUCAUAUUAAAAGGAUACUCCACCCAAAAAUGAACAUUUUGUCGUGAAUCACUUACCCCCAUGCGGUUCCAGACCUCUAAAAGCGUCAAAAUGUAAGAUAUUUUUGAUAAAAAGCGGGAGACUUGUGAUUGUCUCAUUGACCGUAAAUUACUGCCAAGGUCCAGCAGAGUAUGAAAAACAGUCAAAAUACGUAAGACAUGUAGAAAACGGCUGACAGAAGGGUGUAUGUAGUUUGCGUCCAGCGGAUAUUCUCCCAAAUGGACGAGGAGAGACAGAGGAAACAAAUUAUCGAAUAGCAAGUCGUUAUUUUUAUUUUCUUUGUGUCAUAAAACUCAGAUUGAACUGCUGAUUGCAGAUUGAGUGUUUCUCAUACUUGACAGUGUAAUUUACUUGGUAGUCAAUGGGACAUACAAAAGCCUCCCGCUUUUCAUCUAAAAUAUGUCAAAUUUUAUUCCGAGGCAGCUUUAACGGGUUUGGAACGACAUGGGGGUAAGACAUUAAUCACCGUUUUUAUUAUUAUUAUUUUGGGGUGGAGUAUGCCUUUAAGGAAAAUGAUGUUUGUUUCUGUUGUUGUUUUUUUGUUUUUUGAUUUUUUGUUUUCCACACUACCUAGAUGCUAUGCAUGUUCGCAACUUGAACCAGUUUUUAUUUCCAGGUAUUAUAUAGAAAGACCAAAUAUAUUAAGACUUAAUUAGAUAUUUCAUUGUGUUAUGUCUUUAAAAACGUUAAGUGUUAUUGGAAAGAGAGUUAUGGUUGUAUCGCUCGGCACAUUUAGGUCCUUCAUCUCUUUUGCUUCACUGCUUGUUCCCCAAACCCAUCUCGAGAUCUUUUUAUUCAAAUGGAUUUGUUCUGUUCAAGUAUUUGAUCAGGAUGCAAUUUAAAACACUUCAUGCCAAGUUUCCCCAUUUGUGGUCAUUACAGUAGCAAUAACCUGACGAUUAUAUGAAAUCGUUGUUGCAGCAGAUGCGGAGCACCGGCAUUCGAGUCCCUUGAAAUAUGUGGUAUAUUUGAAUUAUCAUUUAUAGGGCACUUUGAUUUCUUUGAAUUUUUUUUUUCUUGUGAAAUUAUUGUGUAAAACAACCUUAACUGUGCCCCAGUGACAUUCUGAGUACGUACUUGGAUUCUUGUUUUUGAUCGCAUACAACUACUUCUAUAAUUAAUAAACCUUUUAAAAACCUC